AUGCCCCACACCGCGCGCAAGUAUAGAAGAAGAACAAACCUGCCCGGUCCUGCGCACAGCAGUAAGCGCGUGGAAAUCACCGAACCCAGUGGCUGGACGCAUAUCACGAGCAGGAAUCUAGCGAUCUCUUCGAAAAGAGGGGGAAAAAAGGGCUUCAGUCAGGGCGAUGAUAACGAUAAUGAUGAUGAUGAUGAUGAACUGCAACUACUCCCCGCCGAGGCACCCCCGCGCCUGACCCUGGCGGAACUGAAAAGACAGUACGAAGCGCACAGCCAGCAAUGGAAAAGCUCGCAGACCUGGAAGCGGCUUCAGCGGGCGCUGCAGAGCCAGGUCGGAGCCGUCGCCAGGACCCUGCAGAAUGUCGUCUGUAUCGGCCUGGGGAGUCCGAGUGGCUUCGUGCGCGGCGGGUGGGUGGACCGCCGAAGCGUGGCGCUGUAUCAGCUUGCUGCGUUGGUGUCUGUUUUGGAUAUGCUUGCCCAGCCAGAUAUGGGCGUUCACAUCAACAACAACGUGUACGCUCAAGACCCCGUCUUCAACGAGUUCGACAAGCAGCUUCUCCAGUCCUUGGGGAUCACGGUCGUGGAACACCCCACCGCCUUCAACCUAGUCAAUCAGCAUAGCUUUCUGUACUGUCCAGGAGCGGAGAGGUCGCAUCUCGAGCAGCUAUUACCGUCGUCGCCGGGGCUCGUCUUUGGCGGGCCGUUGGAAAGUGCCGUCUCUUCGGAUAAUGACCAUAAUAAUAAUAACAACCCCGAUAACGAUGACGAAGAAGAAGAACAAGACGUCUUGGCCACCUUCAUCCGGACCCGGAGGUCUCUCCAGCUGCCGCAGUUUGAGCCGAAUGUUCACGCUUUUUGGAAUAUGCGACUGUACUGGGAGGAACGAGAGGUUGAAUAG